AUGGGCGCUUUCGGCGCUGCCCGCAUCCGGGUCCAGGCGGUUCAACUGGUCACGCGUAUGACGCCACCAGUGUGCGUCGGUGGGUGUAUAACUCAAACCCUCCCCGACCUCGCUCGUCAUGGCUUUGCCCUCAACUCACACAUAUACUCUCUCCUAGCUAUCGUUCUCCUCUCGCCACUGCACCCACACCAUGACAACAUAGCCCAUGUCCAUCAACAUUCGUCGUAUGACGGACCCGUCAAGUACGUGGAGUUGCGUCUCUCCGCUGGUCUCAACCCGUUUCGCAAGCUGACCCGUCCUCCAGAUGCAGAGCUGGAACGCAUGAAGACUGUCCUCUUCACAGCAUUGUGCACAUAUGUCCCGAACAUCGGCAACCCGGCCAUGACAGCCGAGACACUCACGUCCUGGAUCGAAAUGGCGCUGGGUGGCGAGGAAUUCGAAAUGGAAGCGUGGGUGGCCGAAGUCGAAGUCGACGGCCAAGUCGACAGUGUGGGUAUAGUCGGUGUCGCGCUGUGGAACCCGCCCACUGUACCGGACUCGUCGGGAGAGGAACCCAUGGACGUCGACGAGGCAUGGGACAUGGAUCUGGGCCGGCAAGUGCAGUUACCGCCGCACAGGAAGUAUCCAUCCUCCGAGGCUGGCGCUGGCCACAGCCCCGUCACCACCAGCCUGGCGCUCGACCGCGAUGACAAGUUCCGCGCGAUCCAGGAAUGGUGGUACCUCGCGCUCUUGGGAGUCGAGCCAGCAUGGCAAGGUCGGGGUGUUGGGUCGGCGCUCCUCACGCACCACGCUCAGAUGGUGGCACCCGAGGGUGUGCCGUUAGCGCUCAACACCCAGUGUGAGCAGUGUGUCGGCUUCUAUCAGCGAAGAGGGUUUGCCAUUAGGCACGAGGAGCUGUGGGCCCUCCCCAAUGGUGGUGUUCACCACAACCGCUUCAUGUCCUUCCCGGCAGAUGCGCCAGUGCAGUAG